GCCGCCUGUGCGCCUCGCUCUGCCCGCGGCUCCUGUGGCCAGCUCCGCGUUGCGCCCGCGCCCACGCCCACGCCCGCCCGGAUCCUUAUGGGCAGAGGAGCUGAAGCCGCUGGGAGGCCCCAGAGCGCGCUUUGCCCCAGCCGGGGCCGGAGUUAGGAUCCUGACCUUGAAGAGCGGUGUCACCCAUCCACCCCCAGCCGAAGUGCUGGAGCAGGUGACAGCAUGGCCUUCUCCCAGGUGCAGUGUCUGGACGACAGCCACGUGAACUGGCGCUCCAGCGAAUCCAAGCCGGAGUUCUUCUAUAGCGAGGAGCAGCGGCUGGCACUGGAGGCCCUGGUGGCCCAUGGCCCCGAGGCCUUCUACGAGGUGCUAAAGCGGGAGAACAUCCGCGACUUUCUCUCGGAGCUGGAACUCAAGCGCAUCUUGGAGACUAUCGAGGUGUACGACCCGGGCUCUGAGGAUCCUCGGGGUUCCAGCCGCUCCCAGGGGCCCCAGGUCAACGGGGUGGGUGAUGGAGAGGAAACCAGUGGGGCAGAUGGGACCCCCACUGAGGCGGAGCCGCUGCCACUGCCCUCGCUGGAGUACUGGCCCCAGAAGUCCGACCGCUCCAUCCCACAGCUGGACCUAGGCUGGCCCGAUACCAUCGCCUACCGCGGAGUGACCAGGGCCAGCGUCUAUAUGCAGCCCCCCAUAGACGGGCAGGCCCACAUCAAAGAGGUGGUGCGCAAGAUGAUCAGCCAGGCCCAGAAGGUGAUAGCUGUGGUCAUGGACAUGUUUACCGAUGUGGACAUCUUCAAAGACCUGCUGGAUGCUGGCUUCAAGAGGAAGGUGGCUGUGUACAUCAUUGUGGAUGAGAGCAACGUCAAGUACUUCCUGCACAUGUGUGAGCGGGCCCGCAUGCACCUGGGACACCUCAAGAAUCUUAGGGUGCGCAGCACUGGGGGAACUGAGUUCUUCACACGAUCAGCCACCAAGUUCAAGGGCGCCCUGGCCCAGAAGUUCAUGUUCGUGGAUGGAGACCGGGCUGUGUGCGGCUCCUACAGUUUCACGUGGUCAGCUGCCAGGACAGACCGGAACGUGAUCUCCGUGCUGUCUGGCCAGGUGGUGGAGAUGUUUGACCGGCAGUUCCAGGAGCUGUACCUCAUGUCUCAGAGUGUCAACCUCAAGGACAUCCCCAUGGAGAAGGAGCCGGAGCCAGAACCCAUCGUACUACCGUCUGUAGUCCCCCUGGUAUCCACGGACACCGUGGCCAAGAAGCUUGUCAACCCCAAGUAUGCGCUGGUCAAGGCCAAGAGCGCCGAUGAGAUUGCCAAGACCUCCUCCGAGAAAGAGGAGACGAAGCGACCUCCAGGGCUGCAGGGCCCCAUGCUGGCUGAGCGGCCAGGGGAUUUCCCUGAGUUGCUGCCACCUGUCCAUCCGGGACUGCUCAACCUGGAGAAGGCCAAUAUGUUUGAAUACCUGCCCACAUGGGUAGAGCCGGACCCGGAGCCUGGCAGUGACAUCCUGGGCUACAUCAACAUUAUAGACCCCAAUAUCUGGAACCCCCAGCCCAGUCAGAUGAACCGCAUCAAGAUCCGUGACACAUCCCAUGCCAGUACCCAGCACCAGCUGUGGAAACAGAGCCAGGAACGACGCCCCUCCCCAGAGCCCUGCCCACCCCCAGGGCCCAGUGACCCCCACGAUGGGGUCCCAGCUGAGAAUGGCCUUCCCCGGGGAGACCCCGAGCCUCAGCUCCCUGUGCCGAAGCCCCGGACAGUCCCCGUGGCAGACCUGCUUGCCCAGGAUGGCAGUGACGUGGACUGGGCUCUGGAGACCCCAAAAGAGGAGACACCUCCUAAUGGGACAGACCUCAGGCUACCCAGGACGGUGGACCCAAGCCAUCCCCCACUCCAGGGGCAGCUGUCUGUGACCCAGGAUGACCCUGAUGGCAUUGGGUCAGUGUUCCCCAAUGGGCUGGAUUGUGGGGAAGAAGAGGAAGACGAUGAUGACUACGUGACUCUCAGUGACCAGGACAGCCUCUCAGGCAGCUCCGGCCAUGGCCCUGGACUCCGGCGGCCCUCUGUGGCCUCUUCCAUGUCAGAUGAAUACUUCGAGGUGAGGGAGCGCUCAGUCCCUCUUCGAAGGCGCCACUCAGAGCAGAUGGCCAAUGGACCAGCCCAACCACCCCGCCGGCAGCUGAGCGUACCCCACAUAACCCGAGGGACUUUUGGUGGACCCCUGGGCAGCUCCCCAUGGGCACAUGGUCGGGGGAGAGAAGAGGCAGGUGCAUCAAGGAAGAUGCAGGCCCAGCGCUCUUCAGACAAGGCAGCACAGGGCCAGCAAUUCCACCGUGAUGGCCCUGCCUCAAAGACCCCAGGAGGUCCCCGGUACUGCCCUGCUGCUGAUGGCGCCCAGAGCUCUCCCAGGAAAGUGACCCUGGCCACAGUAGGCCCCCAGCACUGGCAGCCCAAGGGCAGCCCAACAGCCCGCAUACUGCCCGAUACCCGGAGCCCGAGGCCAGCACGAAACACCCGCAUCUUGGCUGAUAGCAGAGCCACUGAGGAGCGUCCGAGUCCCUUUGGAAUCCCAUUUUCCAAACUGUCCCAGUCAAAGCACCUAAAAGCCAGGUCGGGGGGCAGCCAGUGGGCCUCGUCUGAUUCUAAGCGGAGGGCCCAGGCACCUCGGGACCACAAGGACCCCUAGCAGCCCCGUCCGGGCUGGACCCACCAGAGCCCAUGCUUGGAAGGCAGGAAGGUGGAGAGGGUGGGUGUCGCUGGCACUUGCCUGGUCGGUGCACCAGUACCAGGUGGCCAUGAUGGUCAGGCCGAAGGUCAUCCCGGUCCAUGGGAGGUCCCCUGUGUAGGGAUCCCGGAACAUGUGCAUGGCAUCUGUGCGUGGCAGGUGGCAGGUGGUGUUGGCGAUGGUCCUGGAGGGGAUGGCCUGGGCAUACGCUGCCUCCAGCUGCCCAUAACCACCGAUCUGGUCGAAAGCUGGAAGGGUUGGGCAGGACAGGGACAGUUUGGUUGGGUGGCCCUGACUCCCCAGCUCCUGCUGCACUUCCUCAUCUCACAAAUAACAUCCUAAUGCAUCAAA